AUGCGGCGACUCCUAGAUCUCAGCCGUGUCCAUUUCCUCGUCGUCAUGUUUGUGCUGUCAUUUAGUAGUGGCGCGGCAUGGGCGGCGGCGUGCCAGAGCUCCUCGCUCACGGGAUUCACCAGCUCCGUCGACCUCUCGGGUAACGGUCUCGUGCUUCACUGGGCUGCGCUGGACAGCGGCGCGCAGACGGCGCUGCAGAUGGCGCUCGAAGCCAAGGCGGGAAGCGGCGCGGAGAGCGGGUGGAUUUCCGCCGGGUGGUCCGCGGAUGGGCGCAUGUACCCCGCGGACUGCGUCAUCGGGAACAUGCCCGGCGGAAGCAUGGGCGCGUAUUACAUGAGCGGGUACGGCGAUGCUGACGUGGCGCCGACCAGCAGCUUCGCCCUCAGUUCUGCCGAGAUGCUGACGUCCAACGGCGGGACUAUCAUGAAAUUCUCUCGCGUGAGCGGUGACGGCGGCGCCGUACCAGUUAACGUGGCGGGCGUGAACACUGUCAUCUGGGCCUACUCGCAGUCCGGCUCCACCGCUCUCGGCUUCCACGGUCGCAACGACGGCGCCACUUCGGUGGACUUCUCCUGCGUUGGAGCCGCCGCCGCUGCUGCUGGCAACUCCACAGCGGGAAGCAACGCUGGGGGGAGCACAGGGGGCAACACAACAACAGGAAGUGGUUCAGGUGGCACCAGCGGCAGUAUUAACUCCACGACGGGCAGCGGAACGGGCAGCGGAACGGGCAGCAGCUCGAAUGGCACCGGCAGUGGCAGCACCACCAACAGCACGACUCCUGCUCCUCCUUCCACCCCGCCUGCUUAUAACGAAUCGCUGCCCUUCCCACCUGACUCUAACGGAUCCGUGAGUGGCCCUCCCCACGACGAGGGAGGCCAUGAGCAUGGGAACGAGCAGGGCGAUGAGCAUGAGCAUGGGAAUGAUGGUGAGCAGGAGGGGGGGGAGUGGGGAGACGGAGAGGAGUGGGAGCAGUGGGGAAGCGGAGAGGGGGAGCGGGAGGGUGAGGGGGGAGAUGGAGGGGAUAGAGGGGAUAGAGGGGAGGGAGGGGCGGGAGACGAAGGAGGUGAGGGAGGGGGAGGAGGAACAGGAAGGGGAGGUGGGUCUGGUGCAGCAUCAGCUUGCCAGGCUUCGUCCCUUGCGGGAUACGAGCACUCUGUGACUCUAACGAACGGACUCCUCCUCCACUGGACGCUCGUUAAUGGCACCACCACGACCAACAGCAGCAGCACCAGCACCCCUACAACCAGCACCGCCAGCAGCACCAGCAGUGCCAGCAGCAGCAGUGACAGUACCGGGGGGAAGGCUCAGCUACGCCUGGCGUUAGAAGCACAGCAGGGCAGCGGCGCUGAGAGCGGUUGGAUCUCCAUCGGCUGGUCAACGAACGGCCGGAUGGCCCCCGCUGACGCUGUCAUCGGGAACCUUCCAGGAAGCGAGGUUGCUGCGUACGCCAUGACUGGUUACCAGAUGUCCGAUGUUACGGUUACCAGCAGAUUUUCGGUCACUGAAGCGAGUACUGAGGCGGCUAGUAACGGAGCUACUGUUGUGAAGUUUACCCGGACGGAAGGGGAUGGGGGAGUAGUCCCGGUGGAUUUUUCCGGGGUAAAUACCCUCGUGUGGGCGUUUUCUGGGUCUGGCUCGCAAGCACUGGACUUUCACAACCGCAACGAUGGAUCGGUCCAGGUGGAUUUCACUUGCUCCACUGCUGCCACCGGCAACAACACCUCUGCAUCAACUCAGGGCGGUGAUAGCCAGUCGCUGGGUGCCACGUCAGCAGCAGCAUCCAGCAGCGGCAGCAGCAGCAGCAGUGCCUGCACGGCGUCGUCCCUGGCGGGAUAUGAGUGCAUGGUGCAGCUCAGUGGCGACAACUUCAUCCUGCACUGGACGACCAACAGCACCAACACCAUAGCAUUGGCAGCAGAGGCAGCAACGAGUGGGUGGGUCUCCGUGGGCUGGUCCCCCUCCGGCCGCAUGUACCCCGCUGAAGCUGCCAUCGGGAACCUCCCCGCUGGCACGCUCUCUACUGGUGCUGCAGCAGCCGUGGGGGCGUAUUCAAUGACUGGUUACGGCGCCAGUGACGUCGCGGUUACGAGCUCGUUUGCGGUUACCGACGCGGCUGUGGAGGCGGGGAACGGGCGGACGGUGAUCAAGUUUGAGCGGUCGAUGAAUGAUGGGGAUUUCCCAGUGUCUUCGAGCCGAGUUCUGUGGGCGUACGCGCGGGAUAACUCGCAGCAACUAGCCGACCACGGGCCCAAUGCAGGCUCUGCUACAAUCAACUUUGCGACAGGGGCAUCAGAGGUGGGCGAGGGGAGCACUGAGAGCGCCACGCUCUACACCGUGCAUGCAUGGCUGCUCACAGUGGCCUUCGGCAUGCUCAUGCCCUCUGCCAUCCUUAUAUCGAGGCUCUUCCUAGCGGAUAAGCCCAUGCCUGUGCACUCUACUGCCCCUGGCGCAGCAAGUAACCCCGGUGCAAGCAACAGCACCGCUGCAGGGGCAGCCACAGCAGCGGCAGGUGGGUUGGGGGAGCCGAUGCUUGGCGAGAAGCACAGUGGAGCAGCAGCGGCAGAGGGGGGAGGCAGUCCCCUUAAAGGCAGUCUCCCCAGCAGUUUGGUGGCAGAGGAUGCACCGGCUCUUGUUGCUCUCUCCGUCGGUGGACCACCAGCAGCAGCAGCAGCAGGGGCAGCAGGGUCAGGCAGAGCACGAGGUGCAGCAGCAACAGGGGGAGCAGUUUCCAAGAAGCCAUGGCUGAGCAAGCCAAUGGCGUUUGAGGUGCACAAGUGGCUCAUGCUGUCCGCUGUGCUGCUCGCACUCGCCGGAAUCAUCAUGGCCUUCGUGGAAAAGGGGUCGCAAUCAUUGCAGUCGACACAUGGACAGCUCGGAUUGGCCGUCAUGGUGCUGAUUGUCGUGCAGCCAAUCGUGGGGCAUCUGAGGCCGCUCAAGAAGCAUCCUGGCCGUCCAUCCUGGUUUGUGCUGCACUGGGUGAUUGGGGUCGGCACGGUGGCGAUUGCGUGGGCAAACACGUACCUGGGGUUCGAUCUUGCCACCUCCAAGUUUGGAUACGACCUUGAUUGGUCCUACAUUGCCUUCUCCAUUCUGAUUGGGCUGUUCUGUGCUGUCUAUGUCUUUGACUUCGUGUUGGACCAAGUCGGCUUUUGUUGUGCGAGCUUUGAGAAAGACGAGCCACAUGUGCCGACCAAAACUGUAGAGAUAGUGUAG